AGAACGUCACUGUAUUUUCCCACGGCAUCUAUUGAAGAGUUCUUUUGAAACGGGUGAAAAUUAGAGCCCUGGUAAUAAGGGAGAGGAGCAAAAUCUUGCCACAGCACGCCGCACUUGGAAUGUUUACAACUAGAAAAAGCGCUCGGUCACCAAGCCUGGAGAGAGAAAACUGUAGGAGGAAUCCCGCACCAUCAUCACCCGCCCUCUUCAAAAGUUACUUUCCAUUACAUCAAACAUUUCGUCUCUUCACAAACGUGAAUACUAGUACGUAGCUGAGUCCUCAUACCUUUUUGGAGAAAAAACGUUUGGGGUGUAGUGAGGGGCAAAACGAAAUAGUCACUCAUGACGCAAUUGUUUAACUUAAAACAUUUUGAAAUUUCUGGGGACAGGAUCAUUCUUGCUGGAUGUCCCACGUUCUCCAUGACCAAUACCAGCCUGAGAAUCGGGGAAUUGACAGCUGUAACGUGACAACGUAUAUAUAACUCUUGUCAGGAUUAUAACUCCAGUUGAAAACGAAGACCAUACCGGAUUGUUAUGAUGGCACACAUUAUGUUAUUUUUACUACCCUGUGUUAUGAGUGCACGGACGCGACUGAUACCACCAGGAUAUGAAACCGUGAGGACGAGAGAUGCCAACAUGGAUAAUCAUAAAGUCCUUACUGUAAAUGGGAAAGAAUGUAAAUUCCCAUUUCGCCAGGGUGGAAGUAUUCAUCAUCACUGCAUUAACAUCAGUUCCUCCAAACCCUGGUGUUCUCUCACGCACAACUUUGACCGGGACCUGCUUUGGGGUUACUGUGCUACUCCGACAACACAACCUACAGUUUUUGUUCACUCGUCCAGAAGGUUUACAGACCCGUGCCACUUGAACCCCUGUCAAAAUGGCGGUGUCUGCACCCUGGGGCCCCACAGGCUCUCGUUCGAGUGCUCUUGUCCAGAGAGCUUCACUGGCAGGCUUUGUGAACUGAGGAAGUGCUAUGAAACAGUACACCUGAGAUAUUAUGACAUUGGAGAAUCCUGGGGGAGAAUUCACCUCCGGAAUGUGGAGCAGUGCAGGUGUGUGGCUGGGCAGAUCUCCUGUAAGAACACUCAUUACACAGUCUGUCGGGAGAACCCCUGUAUGAAUGAAGGGUCAUGCAGGAGGAUCUCUACCACUGGGGAGGAGGUUUGUGCCUGCCGACCAGGCCAUAGUGGAGCCUACUGCAACAUUGUGCCUGAAGCAGUGUGCUAUCAUAACAACGGCGCAGACUACCGGGGUGUGGUGGCCACCACGGUCGCUGGUGCCCGCUGUCUGCCCUGGAACUCUGAACUGCUGCAUGACGAGCUCUGUGUUGACACCGUGGACAGCGCCCCUCUCAGGGGUCUCGGGGAACACUCCUUUUGCAGAAACCCAGAUGGGGACAAGAUGCCGUGGUGCUACACGCUUAAUGCCGGUGCCAUCUCCUGGGAAAACUGUGAUGUCCCUUCCUGUGUGAUACGUUCAUAUUCAUCUCGAAGAAUAAACCGCUUCAACAAACUUCCUGGUCCUGUCUGUGGGAAGAGGCAUAAAAAGAGACUGUCGCUAGCGAUGGGGCGCAUCCUGGGUGGCACCACCUCGCUGCCUGGGACACACCCCUGGAUGGCAGCCAUGUACAUCAGCAACGACAUCUUCUGUGCUGGCACGCUGGUCUCCUCCUGUUGGGUGGUCUCUGCUGCUCACUGCUUCUUCAGAAGCCCUCUGGUUUCUAAGAUCCGUGUGGUUCUUGGCCAGCAGCACUUCAACAUCACCAGUCCCAACACCAGAACCUUUGGUGUGGAGAAGUACAUCUUUCCAAAGCAAUUCUCAGUAUUCAAUCCAACACUCCAUGAUAUUGUUCUGGUCAAACUGAAGAAAGAAAAUGGACGUUGUGUAAGGCGAACCCAGUUCAUACGACCAAUCUGUCUCCCAGACAAAGACAUGAAAUUCCCCGACUGUUACUUGUGUCAGAUAACAGGCUGGGGUCACAUGCACGAGAAGGCAAACAAGUACUCCAAUUUGCAAGAUGCUGGAGUGAGGAUCAUCCCCCAUGAUAACUGCACCCAACCAGAGAUCUACGGCAACCAUGUGACCUCUAACAUGAUCUGUGCUGGGGCAAACUGUAAAGACGCCUGCCAGGGGGACUCUGGAGGCCCCCUGGCCUGUGUGAAGGAUGGCGUCAGCUUCCUUUAUGGGAUCAUCAGCUGGGGAGACGGCUGCGGCAGGACUGACAAACCUGGCGUCUACACCAAAGUCGUGAAUUACAUACCAUGGAUCAAUCAAAUAAUCAGUCGCAAGCCCAAGUCAUAAUGAAUGAACACUUGAUACUUUUAAUGUAUAGAUUUGUCUGUUUUUUACUGUUGAAGUUUGUUUUUAAACAACUGUGACUGAACUAUGAAUGAAAUUGUGUGACUAAAAUAAACCAUUACUUGAUAUA